CAUAUAUUUGUUUUUGAAGCGUUAACAACAUUUUACAUUUGGCAUACAAAAUUAAUUUGAAAUUGUACAAUACGUAAUAGACCAGUACCCAUAGCCUAAGAAGGCACUAUGUUAUGGUAGAUUGCUGGUAAAGGUUGGUUAGCUUACGAAGUUCUUAUUUGGCAAAAACAUGGGCUCCAAUCGAAAGCGUAAAAGCGACAUAAAUGGCACAUACAAACUUAUUCGUCUUUAUCGCGCCAAUGAUUGUCUUUGGAAUCCAAAAUCAUCGGGAUUUAAGAAUUUGGCGUUGAAGGAGAGAGCCUGGUUACGCAUAGCACAAUUUUUUAAGAACAAGCUAACCGUGGAUCAGAUCAAAUUGCAGAUUUUAUCGCUUCGUUAUUACUAUGCUACAGAACUAUUAGCCAUUAAACGUAGCAAACUGGGAGGAUACCACUAUGUUCCUCGACAAUCUUACUUUGCAGAUCUGGAGUUUUUGAAAGAAGCGAUGGAGCACAGUGUUAGUGUUAAAGCCAUUGAGUCAAAGACUCAGGUCAGCAGCAAACAAAUCAACUGCCUCGUUGAGGAUGCAUUUCUGCUGAGCAGCAGCGAGAACAGUAUCCGCAGCGAAAAAGUUGAUUUUCAGAUCACUUCCGUAUCGAACGAAGAUGGCAUUACAAGCUCUGUGCUGCAACCGCUUGUCUCCUCAGACAAAGAGCAAUCGUUACAACUGCCUUUGCCUCCACAUGAUAUACGAACUAAUCAGCUUCCAAUCCGAGUAGCUUCUGGUAACGAUCGAUGGAUAUCCGCAUCAAAUUCAUAUCAUGACCAUGAAGAUGACGAUUAUGAUGGGAGACAGUGGAAGUCAUCCUAUCAGAAAGAACAAAACCGCAACAGCAACUAUAGUGUCAGCAGUGGAAAUGAGAGACGUAGCUGUAAUCAAAGUCCAGCUGCAUAUAGGCCAGACAUGGGUGCCACUACAAAUACGUUUGAUGACGAUAACAAUAUAUAUGUCGAUUCGUAUGGGUCCAGAGCUCGCGGUCCGCCUAGAAAAAAGGUUUUGACCGGAAGAUAUAGAAACAAAUCAAGGCACUCACAUGGAACUGACACAUAUUACGACACGGAUGACUGGCAGAGAAAUAAUGAUUCUAGAAGCCAAAAACUGCACCAUAGAAUGAGUGAUGGCAGGGAGAAUGACUAUCGCAGUGGUAGAAGCUCACGAGAUGUUGGUCGCAGUUCAAACGACUCUAAGAAUCAAAACUACAAAUAUGCAGGGAAUAACAGUUUUAACGCCCCCGCCACAUUUCCAUUUAUUCAGCAAAUGAGCACACAACCAACAUAUCAAGGUGAAGGAGUUUGCACCUGUUGUCCAAAUGCCUUUCCAAAUGAGCAACCCGAGUACAAUGAACCCACUUCCAAACAGGCACCGGAGCCAAUAUUAUCAGACCCAGAGCCAGAAUCUGAAAUGUAUGUGCCUUCAUCACCCCCUCGAAAGUCUUGCGAUGAUGAUAGCUGUCCCCUUAGAAGUGGCAGGGUGUAUGACGAAAACGACCAUGAUCUUAUUUGCACUGAUGGCACGUGUUACAACAUGGAAGACACAAGAAGGGAUAUGCCAAUCGCAUCGUCAAGACUUGAAUCAAAGCGAACUUCAAGGGUUGCAUCUGCAGCUGGGUCUAGAGCGGUGUCCAAUCGACCAUCGUUCGAACAAAUACGGUCUCCCAAAAGGAUGGUCUGUACAAAUAACAGAGGUAGAUUAAGUAAAUCGCCCAAGGAGAAUAUGAUAAUGUGCCCUUCGGGAAGACAGAACGAAUAUGAUGACGAUGGGCUUAGAGAGGGCCCAGAAAACAGAAAUCGGCAAAGAAGUGAUGACUUUAGAGGGAGCUCCGAAAGACCAUCGCGCCGAGGUCGUGAAGAUGAAAGAGGUCCGUUGGAGUCUAGCCAAAAAUCAAGAGCAUAUCAAAAUUACCCAGAACCACCCGAUGAAGACAGCCCAGGAAAACAAUCAAGAUUACAAUCACUAAGAAGUAUGUCACGAAAUAAACCCGAUCAGGACCAGUAUCCCGAGACUGAUCCGAUAGUGUCUUCGCGAAGGCAAUCUCAACGGGGCGAUGAAGGGUAUUCUUCGCCAGAUGUUUCUAAAAGUAGAUCAAAUCGUCAAAGUCGCGAUAAAGGAGAAAGAUCUAGGCAUGAUAGUCAGGCCUAUUAUCCCGAGACUGAUCCGAUAGUGUCUCCGCGAAAGCAAUCUCAACGGGGCGAUGAAGAGUACACUUUGCCAGAUGGUUCUAGAAAUAGAUCAAAUCGGCAAAGCCUCGAAAAACAAGGGAGAUCUAGGAAUGAUAAUCCGGACUAUUAUCCCGAGUCUAAUCCGGCAGAGUCUUCGCGAAGGCAAUCUCAGCGGGGCGAUGAUGGCUACACUUCGCCAGAUAGUUCUAAAAAUAGAUCAAAUCGGCAAAGCCGCGAUAAAACAGAAAGAUCAAGGCAUAAUAGUCAGGAAUAUUAUUCAGAUGGUGUUCCGGUGGUGCCUCCGCAAAGGCAAUCUCAGCGGGGCGAUGAAGGCUACACUUUGCCAGAUGCUUCUAAAAAUAGAUCAAAUCGGCAAAGCCGCGUAAAAGGAGAAAGGUCCGGAAAUGAUGACCAGGACUACGUGACUGAUCCGUUGGAGCCUCCGAGAAGACAAUCUCAACGGAUCGAUGAUUCGAGAAAUAAUUCAAAUCGACAAAGCCGCGAUAAAUCAUAUAGGUCAAAGCAUAACAGUCAGGACUAUUAUCCCGAAACUGAUCCGGUAGUGUCUUCGCGAAAGCCAUCUCAACGUGGCGUUGAAGAAUUGACUUCGCCAGAUGUUUCUAAAAGUAGAUCAAAUCGGCAAAGCCGCGAUAAAGGAGAACUAUCUAGGCGUGGUAGUCAGUCCUAUUAUCCCGAAACGGAUCCGGUGGAGCCUUCGCAAAGGCAAUCUCAACGCGCCGAUGAAGGGUAUAUUUCGCGAAACAGCUCCAAAUAUAGAUCAAACCGGCAAAGCAUCGAAAAACAAGAACGAUCUAGAAAGGAUGAACAGGGCUACAAUCGAUACGAACCCAAUAAUCUUUGUAAAGAUAGUUGUAACGCAACGUGCGCAUCGGUUAGAAGUACACGAAACAGUCAAAAAAACAAUGAGUAUCCCGCAAAUUACGAUACCGACAGGGAUGACUACGUAGAAGGGACUACGGACGAUGAAUAUAAUCGUGAAAAGGACCGUUUAUCUGUAAAAGAUCAGAAUGGUCAGGAAGAUUAUGAAAAACCCACCGACAAUCCUAACCGCAAUAUGAACAGUGAAUAUCCACAAGAAAACUAUGGUGGAAGGCAAAGUUACGACCGCGAUAAGGAAUAUGUACCAGAUAAAUACCAGACCAGACGAGACGAUGAGUAUAAUCGUGGUAAGGAUCCUAUAUCAAAAUACCAAUCUGAACAGGAUUACAAUGAAUGUCCUGCAAAUUACCAGAACAACACAAAUUUCGACGGACGAGAUCCCGACAUGGGUCCUAUUUGUCCUAAAUACCAGAACAUCCAGGAUGCCCGUGGAAGAAGAUCGGAUAAAAAUGAUGAGGACUGUAACUGUCCAGAAAGCCAGGCCCGUCAAGAUGGCUACCAAGGAAGGCAAGAGUAUAACCGCGAUAAGGAUCAGACCUACCAGGAGAACAAGAGAAGGAUGGACGCUGAUUUUAACAAAGAUAAGAAUAAUGAACCUGCAAAUCAACAAGAGCACUAUGAUCCCUGUCUCUGUCCAGCAAAUCUGCCAGAUCAAUAUAACCGCAAGAAACAAACCUUUAAAUGUGAUGUAGACUGCAAAUGUAUAGCAAAUCGUAAGAAGGAACCCUAUAAAGAUGAUCUAGACUGCCCCUGUCUAGCAAAUGAGAUAGCUCCUUAUAAAAAGGAAACCUAUAAUGAUGAUCAAGAUUGCCAUUGUCCGGCAAAUCUCACGAGGGAACCCUUUCAAUGUAAUCCAAACUGCACCUGUCCAGCAAAUCGCAAGAAGGGUCCAUAUAAAAAUGAUCUAGACUGCGCCUGUCCAGAAAAUCAGACAGCUCCUUCUAAGGAGGAACCUUAUAAAGGUGAUCUAGACUGCCACUGUCCAGAAAAUCAGACAGCUCCUCCUAAGGAGGAAUCCUAUAAAGAUGAAGUGGACUGUCCAGAAAAUCAGAUAGCUCGUUAUGGUGACAAUACAGAGCCCUAUAAAGAUAAUGUGGACUGCGCCUAUCCAGAAAAUCAGCCAGAUUCGGUUAAUCGAGAUAUAGAGUAUCCACCUGAAAAGUACGAGCCGGAAAUUAUACCUGAAAAGCCCCUUACCGAUCAGGAAGACCUAAAAAAUGAGGAGGAGGUAAUGCUUGAUUGUGAGUGCCCAACAAGCGAAGACGAUGCAGAGAAACUUGAACUCGCAAAGGAAGCACCAGAGCCAGAGGCACCUAUACGGGCUCCUUGUCUUUGCGAGGCGGCCGUUGAGACGGACAUUGACAUGACAUUGACUGAUAGAAGCAAUCGAAAGAAAUGCAAUUGCUCUGAAGAUUCCUUGGAAACAGAAAAGCAAAGAGAGAGAAAAUCGAAUGAAGAAAAAAAUGCAAUCUCAAAAGAAACUGAAAGUAGUGGUCCGUCCGCUAAGGCCAAGCCAGCUAAUAAAGGAGCCAAAAAAAUAGGAAAAAUCUGCUCAUGCAAGCCACCCGUAUUCAAUAAAUCGAAAAAUGCUAAGGCUGCAAGUCCUGCAAGUCCUGUGGCAAAGAACGAACAAUUGAAACAAAGGUCACAGUCGCCCGUGGGAGCUAAGCCACGUUUGCUUAGCAAGCGUCAAAACAAAAUCGACGACGACGGCCUAAACAAAUUCCAGGCCCUCGGCGGCCAAGCACGCCAGUACGUGUACGAAAUGCAGGAUGAGAUACACAUUAAUGUCAGCAAUCAUCAGAAUGUCGGCUAUGAGGUAUACAAAAAGGUCAAUCCUAAGCAUGUAAAUAAAUCGCAAACACGCGAUGGUUUGGCUAUACUGUGCUCAUUCCGUGUGCCGCCAACUUUGGCAGAGAAGACAAUAGACAUACUGAACAAUCACAUAUCAUAUAAUGCGCCGACUAAGGAAGACGAAUAUUACCCAAUUCCAGAAACUGAAGAACGGCAUCCGAAAUGCUAUGCAGUACGAAACAACUAUAUCGAACGGCGAAAUGGUAGACAUCCUGCUGAUCGCUUUGCAAGUAAUCCGUUUCUGAAAUUAAAUUUCAAUGCUUCGAAACGAGACGUCAUUGUGUUGCAUGCACCGGUUCCGGGCUUUCGUCCGUCGAAGUAUUCGCUCAGCGUGAAGGACUUCGAAGUAGAGAAUUACGAGCGACAACAUCGGGCAGUUGAAAGAUAUCCAAAAGCAAUGCGGCCCAUGCCAAAAUAAUCACCUAGUCACUGACUACCUAUGCCAAACCAAUCUAACCAUAGCUCCAGUUUCUUCACACAUCAUCCAUACAAUCCAUAGCACCAUAAAAUGUCUUACACCAACUAAAAA